AAUCCAUGUUUCCUUGGUUACAGGGAUGGGCUCCACUGGCAAUAAAUACACCACACCUUGACUGACUCUCAGGUGUGGCAAUUGUGUCCGCGUAAUUAUGAGUUCAGCAAAGCCAUAACGUUUACCUCUUUCACUGAAAAGUUACUGUACUUUUACAAAGACAUUGAAAAGCUUGUCGGCCCGUGAACCAAAUACCAUCAACAAGGAAACUUGCCACUGUGAACCUACACAGCAACAACAUGGAGCAAAGAGAGGAGGCGCAAGAAGAGGAGGAGGAGGAGGAGGAGGAGGAGGAGGAGGAGGAGGAGGAGGAGGAGAAGGACAUGCACAUUCCCAGGUCACAUCCCAGGAAUGCUCAUGGCACAAAUGAAGUCUUGGGGAACCCCACAUUAGCUGAUGAUGACAGACCAGACCCGCCCAGCAGCCUGGCUCUGAUGGAGCCCCGACCCAGGAAGAAACGCCUGAUGGCCCCUGCCCUAAGUCUGACACUGGAUCGCAGUGACUCGGCGGUGUCCGACGACUAUGCCCCUGCUGCCCUCAUUCCCUCCCACGACGACGACGACCUGGGACUGGACUUCGACUUGGAUGCCAUGGAAACGCCCUCGGACAGCGAGUCCCUCCACUUUCCAGUGCACGACAUGGAUUUGGAGGAUGAUCUGGGAGUGGCAUCAUGUUGCCAUAAGGCCCGUGGGUCAGUACCAGAGCAGAUAGGAGUGGGCUCUCUUGACCAAGACCAGGUGGACAGCCAGGGCACUAGGUGGCGCAGGUUCUGCAUGGGAGACCCUCCUCAGGAGAGUCUGGUCAACAUGAGUGUACUGGAGCCUUACCUUCGAGUCUUGUCCCAUGGGGGUUACUAUGGAGAUGGGUCUAAUGACAUCAUUGUGUUCUCUUCCUGCUAUCUCCCUGAAAACACAAUGGAGAACUACCAGUAUGUCAUGGACAACCUAUUCAGGUACAUUGUGGGAACAUUGGACCUGAUGGUGGCGGAGAACUACGCCAUUGUGUACCUAUGUGCCAUGGCCCAGCGCAACAAGCUCCCCGGCAUUGGCUGGCUCAGAGAGUGUUAUACCACCAUUGACAGAAGGUUGAGGAAGAGUCUGAAAGCUCUAUACAUUGUCCACCCAACCUGGUACAUCAAGGCCCUGAUCACCAUCAUCAAGCCCUUCAUCAGCUCCAAAUUCAGUCGCAAGCUUCAGUUUAUCGACAGAUUUCGGGAGCUGUCCCAGCACAUCCCAUUUGAGCGUGUGCAGAUCCCCGACUGUGUCAGACAGUUUGACGAGAACAUGGACAGGUGACACGUUCAGAAUGGUGAUCUGGAACACAGUGUAAGUUUAGGUACAUGAAGCCAAAAAAGUGGACUAAAAAGGCUCAAAUCUGGCAACCCAUGACUUUGAUACUGAGGAUGAACCGGGCUGCCCAAUCUAAUAUCUGUUGUCCUAUGAGAACUUUAGUCAUACAUCACUUGGCAAAGUAUCUACUGAAGGACCACAAGUAGAUGCACUGUGCACAAAAACUUUAUGAACACCUGCUCUUUCCAUGACAUACUGUCGACUGACCAGGUGAAAGCUAUGAUCCAUUAUUGAUGUCACUUAUUAAAUACACUUCAAUCAAUGUAGAUGAAGGGGAAGAAACAGGUUAAAGAAGGAUUUGGGCAAGACAAAAGAUUAAAGUGCCAGGCGCACCCGUUUGUGUCAAGAACUGCAAUGCUGCAGAGUCAUUGUCAUUCUCAACUGUGUCUUUUGUGUUUCAAGAAUGGUCCACCACCCAAAGGGCAUCCAGCCAACUUACCCUGCUAUUCAGUGGAGUGGUUAUGUGGUCUACGAUUAAGAGUCUCUUUUCCUAGUUUAAAAUGAUAAACAUUCAAAAUUGGCCAUGCUGUCACUGAAGCAUGCUUUGUGCCGCACUCACACCAAUUGUUAACUCAGAACUGCAAAAUUUGACUUCAGUGAGUUCAAGACAACUGGGAACUCGGGGAAAAACGAGCUAUGCCUGGGAAAAUAAAUUUUGAACUUUCACCCAACUCAGAACGCAGGCCUCUUUCUAGAGCUAUGACCUGAAGAUCACUGACGUCAUCAUGAUUCAACUUUUUUGUUGUUGGAGUUCCCAGUUGUCUUGAAAGCAACAUAAAUCCAGAGAAUGCCAGACUUUAAUGACAAAGUUUGAUGACAUUAUUUGCUCACGAAGGACCGCCUCGCCACCUUCCUGUUUAAGUGAGCACAUCACAGCAAGGUGAGUCCAAAAAUGUCUGGUAUUGUUACGCCCUGACCAUGGAGAGCCUUUUUAUUCUCUAUUUUGGUUAGGUCGGGGUGUGACUAGGGUGGGUAAUCUAGGUUGUUUUAUUUCUGUUGGCCUGGUAUGGUUCCCAAUCAGAGGCAGCUGUUUAUCGGUCUCUGAUUGGGGAUCAUAUUUAGGCAGCCAUUUCCUCACUGUGUCUUGUGGGAUCUUGUUUUUGUGUUGCCUGUGAGCACUCCAGAACAUCACGUUUAGUUUGUUCUUGUUUUUGUGCCUUUCAUUGAAUAAACAUGUGGAACCCAUAUCGA